UGGGGAGAUAGUCUCACUCUUCUAUAUAAAGAGUCAGCAGGCAGCAGAUCUUCAUCUGUGAUCUCCUCCAUCAUCACGUCUUCACUCUUCAGCAGCUAUGGCUUCACUUCGCGCCCUUCUGGGAGUGGUGCUGUGCUCCCUCAUGGUUUCUGCUUCUGAAAUCCUGCCUCAGGCGGACUUUGAUGUACAGGGGGUAAGAGUCAUCCAUAAUAUUUUUUAUUUUACUGCCCAUCUAUUUUCAUACAAAUGUCUCCGUCUUAUGGAAAAGGGGUGGAGCUUAUCCAACGAGGACAGGCAGGGCCCCCCCAGACAGUUUAGCAGUCUAUACAGGAGGCUGACCUUUGCAACAUGUACUUCUAUAAUGACUUCACCAUUUAAGUUAUUUGGUUAUGUUUCACCCUGGAUUUUGCCUGAUAAUAUUUAUUUUGUCCAUUGCUUAAAAACAACAACAACAAAAAAACUAUAUAAAUAUGAAACAAAGUGUGAACAACAAAACAUCAGCUUUGGAAACUUUGAUGUAAAAUUCUGCAAUUGUUUUCUCAGAUAUAGCAUAAAUCAAACUAACAUACAUCAGUUUGCAGGUAAGUGGUACUUGACUGGAGUUUGCUCUAAUUUCAAAUGGCUUGUCUGUCGCAAAGCCAACAUGAAGUCCGGCACCGUCAUGGUUGAGCCAACUGAAGAUGGGGGUUUGAAGGUGGUGUCCUCACAUCUUCUCGAUUCAUGUUGGAAAAUAGAGACUUUAGCCACCAAGACUGACGUGCCUGGAAAAUUCACAUUCAGCAUUCCCUUCACGGGGUUUGUGACUGAAAUGCGUGUGGUCGACGUGAAGCCUGACGAGUACGGCCUGAAUCAUUACAUCAACACCGGACGGAAUGAAACCUUUGUUGAAAGCAGAUUAUACGGACGUAGUCUGGACCUCAGCGCUGAGGUGAAGGAGAAGUUCAACCAGCUCUGCUUGCAGACCGGCAUCCUUCCUGAAAAUAUUGUUCAUCUUCCUAAAACCGAGGAGUGUCCGCUUGAGUGUUUUGUCUGAUCUGUUGUUGAUCGUCUCACCGACACUGCAUAAAGAUCUGACACCAUCUGUUAUGGAAAUGUGACUGAGCAACAUCUGUAGCAGUUUUUAACAAUAAAAAUGCAAAAAUCUAGAA